AUGAAUUUAAAUUACUUUGGAGUCAAUAGAGGAUCAUCAAGUAAUAAUAACACUCCCACACUCGGAGGCGUCAAACUAAGUUCAAGUCAACAAUCCACUUCAAGCAUUAUUAGCAAUCAAAGCAGCCACAGCGCUACCAGCAGCUUUUCAUCAACAACAUUUGCAAGCAGUAUUAGUAGUUCAAGCACUGGUGGUCUUCCGAUGUAUCAUCAUCAACCAUCUACUCCUUCUGCCGAUGAUUUGGAACAAGAUAGAAAUGAAAUCCUCAACGCAGAGCCUCACAUUCUUUGUUCAUCGAGUAUUAAUAUCAGUCCAAAUCCUCAAGAAAAGAAAGCUGGAGGAUCAGGAUUGAAUGCACUGAGUGCUUCUCCUGACUCUAGAUUAAUUGCUGUUGGAGGUAGAAAAUUAUUUAGAAUUGUUAGAGCAUCGUUUCAAGAGGAUGAAAAGAAGUUCAAACUCGAUAUUCCAAUCACUAUAUAUUACUCUGGAAAGAAGAGUAUGGAUUUUGCUGUUGUUGAUCUGAAGUGGCAUCCAACUCUUCCCAAUGUGAUUGCAACGGCUCCUCCCAACGGAAAAGUGAUUUUGUGGAAUGUUAAUAGCAGCUCGAAAAGUGGCAAGAUUAUUACGAGAUUUAAUGGUCACGAAUGCACUGUCAAUUCCUUGUGCUGGCAGCCACAUCAAGAACAUAAUUUAUUGAGUGCCAGUGUUGACCACACUGUUCGAUUGUGGGACAAGAGGCAAGGGGGUGACUCUGUCCAAACCUUUAACUGCGGAAGUGUUGUGAGAAGCAUCAAAUUUAACCCUUUUUUCCCCAAUGUUUUUGCAGCAGCAACAGACGGUGGAGACUUCCAAGUCUGGGACAUUAGAAAACCAAACCUCUAUCAAAAGAAGGUACCAGCUCACAAUGGAUUGAUUCUUUCUUUGGAUUGGCAUCCAAAGAAGGGAAGUAUCAUUGCCACAGGCGGUAGAGAUAGAGUUCUUAAGGUUUGGGAUCUCAAUGAUACAAAGAAACCCUUGUCAACCGUUCAAACUAUUGCCAGCAUUGCUAAAAUUGCUUGGAGACCUGGUAAUUACAAUUCUCAUAUAGCAAGUUGUGCCAAGAACGAAGUUGGCUCAACAUGCAACAUUAAUUUGUGGGAUAUUAGCUCUCGAUACGUUCCUCUAUUAACAUUUACAGGACAACGAGCUGAUGUUACAGAUAUUGCAUGGAUGAAUAAUUACCCUAACUUAAUGAUGAGCUGUUCCAAAGAUAAUACUUUCAUGAUUCAUAGCGUCUACGAAGCAGAAUAUGAAAAAUCUAGCCUUCCUACUACCUCCCUUUCUUGGAACAUUAAUAAUGAGCUCGUUAGUUACAAUGAUGAGAUUGAUAGAGAACAGCACCAACGAUAUCAAACUAUCCUUCAGACAGUUGCUAAAAAUCCUCCUUCAGUAAUCAAACAAAUUAACAGAGAGACAGAAGUAUUUACAUUCAAAGAAGCCCAUUUGAACAAAACAAUUAAUAUCAUCAAGAGUGUAGAUCAAGAAUCUGAUUUAUUUGCCGAGUCUGAUGUGUCAAAAAUCAAGUAUUUGGCUGAAAAUUAUGUUCUUUUUGGAGAUGACACUUUCCAACAAAAGUGUGAUACCAAUGCCCUAGUAGCAUCAAAUAUCAAUAAUUACAAGCUUGAAAAGUUAUGGAAAUUAGUCAAAGAGCUUCAUACUCCAUCCACGAAAAAAGAAGACAAGAUGGAGCAUGAUGACACAUUGUUAAAUCAUGUGAACAAGCAUCAUUCACACAUGGAUGAUCACACGCAAAACAACAGCAUUUUUGAAGAUGGGGAUCAUCAAAACUCGAUUUUCCGCUAUGGUGUCGACCACGAAGGAGAUGAGUCCGAAGAGAAAUAUAGUACCAAUUCUAAUUCUCUUGAUACAUACCCUUCGAAUGGAAUGCUGUAUUCUCCACUAAAACAAGCAAGUGAAUUUCAUGGUGAUGUACUCAACCUUGCAACCCCACCCACCCAAGGAUCUCUCCGUAAAAAAGCCAAGUACAGAGAACUCGUGUCACAAGACUUUGGUCCUCCACCAAAAUUGAAGCUGUUUACAGGAAACGAAAAGAAAAUACAGUCCAAUAUUCAAUCGUUUGAUGACAUGGAACGACCCAACUCGUUACAUCAUGAAGAAGACACAGAAUUAAUGGACAUUUUAAACGAAAAAGAUGACCUUGAAAAAUUAUAUGAAUCAAGCAUCCAGGAAACUAUUGAAUAUUACGCAGAAAUGGGUGAUAUUCAAACAUGUGUUGCUCUAAUUGAAGUUCUUGACAAGAAACAUGAAAUGAGUGGAGAACGAGAAGCUCAAUGGUAUUUGAGUUAUAUUGAGCUGUUGAAUCGACACAAGCUUUUUACAUGCUCCAAUGAGCUGAUUAAUGGAUGUUCUAACUAUGAUGUGCACAAUCUCAACAAACAAUCAACCUCUAUAAGAACAAGCUGUGCUAAAUGUGAUAGCGUUUUACAAAACACAGACACCAUGUGUAAGAAAUGCAAUAGCAAAACCAACAUUUGUGCCAUUUGUCAUUUACCUGUGGAUGGACUAUUCUUUUGGUGUCAACGAUGUGGUAGUGGUGGUCAUCUGAAUCACAUGAAGCAAUGGUUUGACAAGUAUAAGCAUUGUCCCGUUUGUUUAACUCAUGUCAGCAAACUUCAAACUCUCACAUAA